AGUGGAAACACAAAUCACUCAAACUACGUCUAGCUCGCUCAUUCCUUUGUUUAAGACAAUGGCUUCUAAGCUUUUCUUUCUCGUAACAGUACACAUUCUUAUUGGUCUUCUUUUCUUUGCCAAUCAAUCUUGUGCAGCAGUUGUGGCUCAACUGAAUCAUCCUGUCUCACGAGAAACUCUUUGCAAAUCCGCUCGAGACCCUUCCUAUUGCAAAUCUGUUCUCCCUAACCAAACCACAGAUGUCUACACUUCUGGCCGAUACCUCUUCGGUAAAGCUUUAAACCGAUCUCAAAAGUUCGUGAGCUUAGUUGAUAAAUAUCUUCAACGCCGGCCAGCAUUAUCAAAACCAGCUAUCCGUGCUCUAGAAGAUUGCCGAACACUAGCUGGCUAUAAUAUCGACUUUAUUUAUAGCUCUUAUCAAGCUGUCAAUAAGACUAGUAAAACCUUACCUACCAUGAAAGCCCAUUAUGUGCAUAGCUUACUCAGUGCCAUUUUAACAAACUUACAGACUUGUUUGAAUGGCCUGGAAGAAACUUCUUCUCCUUCAAGCGUGAAGAGUGGUGUGUCAGCCUUUCUCUCUAAUGACACAAAACUUUACAGUGUCUCUCUUGCCCUUUUUAUAACAGGGUGGGUUCCUAAAAAGAAAGAAGCCGCAUGGCAGCCUACAAGGAAGCAACGUCUUUUUACAAACGGACGUUUACCAUUGAAAAUGUCUAGUCAAAAUCAGGCUCUUUAUGAGUCCGUGAGCCGAAGCAAACUUCUCCAAACCACUGAUGAAGUGUUGGUGAGCGAUAUAGUUAUAGUGAGUCAGGAUGGGACUGGAAAUUUCUCCACCAUCAGUGAUGCUGUUAAUGCCGCUCCAAACAAUACUGAUGGUACCAAUGGCUACUUCUUGAUAUAUAUCAAAGCGGGUAUCUAUGAAGAGUACGUUUCCAUUGCGAUGAACAAGGAAUAUUUGAUGAUGAUGGGAGCCGGCAUCAAUCAAACGGUGAUCACUGGCAACAGAAGUGUUGUUGACGGGUGGACUACUUACAAUUCUGCAACCUUUGCCGUGGUGGCACCCAACUUUAUUGCAGUGAACAUAACCUUCCGCAACACAGGAGGAGCAGUCAAGCACCAGGCUGUCGCGUUUCGCAGUGGGGCAGAUUUGUCUGCAUUUUAUCGCUGCAGCUUCCAAGCAUACCAAGAUACCUUAUACACACACUCUCUACGGCAAUUCUAUAGCGAAUGUGAUAUCUAUGGAACGGUUGAUUUCAUUUUUGGAAACGCUGCAGUUGUUUUCCAAAAUUGCAGCAUAUAUCCGCAGCUACCGAUGAGCGGACAAUUUAACACCAUCACCGCACAAGGUCGGACCGACCCAAACCAGAAUACAGGCACAUCGAUUCAGAAUUGCUCAAUUAGAGCAGCAGCUGAUUUGGCUUCGAGCAAUCAAAAGGUGAAUACAUAUCUGGGGAGACCAUGGAAAGAGUACUCGAGGACUGUUUAUAUGCAAUCUUAUAUGGGUAGUUUGAUAAAUCUUGCUGGUUGGCAUGAAUGGAGUGGAGAUUUUGCUCUAAGUACGUUAUAUUAUGCGGAGUAUGAUAACACAGGACCUGGAUCAAACACCAGCGAUAGGGUCAAGUGGCCUGGUUACCACGUCAUUAAUGCUACAGUUGCCGCAAACUUCACUGUCUCCACUUUCAUUGAUGGGGAUGUUUGGUUACCACAAACCGGAGUGCCUUACACAGGUGGUCUAUUAUAAGGUGUUAGAAUGAAAAAAAUAAAUAAUAAUAAUAAAAAUAAUGUGCUGCUGUGAGUUGUACUUGUACCCCACUAAGUAAACUGAGUUGGGAAAGUAUAAGCACAAGAAACAAGUUGAGUUGAGUUGUGUUAAUGGCGUAAAAAGAUGGGUUAUCAGGAAACGCACCGUUUAAAGUUUAUUUCGAUAAUAACAUCCUCACAUUUUUUAUCUCCUCUAUGGAGGACGACAUCAAAAUGCUGGAGGAAAGGUUUCUUGUGAUUCAUGCAUAAAAAUAUUGAUGUAUCUUUGAAACUUUAUUAAGUUUUUUUUGUGAAGUAAUGAAAGAUAUGAAGUAUAUUUAGUAA